AGGCCGGAUAACGGCGCCGGGAGAGAACAGAGAACGAUAGGCUAGUCGAGGAUAAGUGUCCGAGAAAUCUGUAACUCAAUAAUGGAAUAAAAUAAGCCUUGAAAUUCCUCUUUGCUUUCCCUACUUUCCCAUCCCUAGCCCCAGGAAAGGGAAAGGUACAGGCUCAAGUCCAGGAGAGGGGCGGGGCAAGACGCCAGAGGAAGAAAUCUCGCGAUAGAGGACUGGUGGGGCGGGGGUAGCACUUCUUCCCUCCUCCUCGCGUUAGUUCCGGUCGCAGAGGAGAGUCCGCCGCAGUUGUCGCCACAUCUGGAAUUUCUGGCCCUUUUCUCUUCGCCUUAAAUUCGGGUGUCUUUUAUGAAUAAUCAAAAGCAGCAAAAGCCAACGCUAUCAGGCCAGCGUUUUAAAACCAGAAAAAGAGAUGAAAAAGAGAGGUUUGACCCUACUCAGUUUCAAGACUGUAUUAUUCAAGGCUUAACUGAAACUGGUACUGAUUUGGAAGCAGUAGCAAAGUUUCUUGAUGCCUCUGGAGCAAAACUUGAUUACCGCCGAUAUGCAGAAACACUCUUUGACAUUCUGGUGGCCGGGGGAAUGCUGGCCCCAGGUGGUACAUUGGCAGAUGACAUGAUGCGUACAGAUGUCUGUGUGUUCGCAGCACAAGAAGACCUAGAGACAAUGCAAGCAUUUGCUCAGGUUUUUAACAAGUUAAUCAGGCGCUACAAAUACCUGGAGAAAGGUUUUGAAGAUGAAGUAAAAAAGCUGCUGCUGUUCUUAAAGGGUUUUUCGGAGUCGGAGAGGAACAAGCUGGCUAUGUUGACUGGUGUUCUUCUGGCUAAUGGAACACUUAAUGCAUCCAUUCUUAAUAGCCUUUAUAAUGAGAAUUUGGUUAAAGAAGGGGUUUCAGCAGCUUUUGCUGUAAAGCUCUUUAAAUCAUGGAUCAAUGAAAAAGAUAUCAAUGCAGUAGCUGCAAGUCUUCGGAAAGUCAGCAUGGAUAACAGGCUGAUGGAACUUUUUCCUGCCAAUAAACAAAGCGUUGAACACUUCACGAAGUACUUCACUGAGGCGGGCUUAAAAGAGCUUUCAGAAUAUGUUCGGAAUCAGCAAACCAUUGGAGCUCGUAAGGAACUCCAGAAAGAACUUCAAGAACAGAUGUCCCGUGGUGAUCCGUUUAAGGAUAUAAUUUUGUAUGUCAAGGAGGAGAUGAAGAAAAACAACAUCCCAGAACCCGUUGUCAUUGGAAUAGUCUGGUCCAGUGUAAUGAGCACCGUGGAAUGGAAUAAAAAAGAGGAGCUUGUAGCAGAGCAAGCCAUCAAGCACUUGAAGCAAUACAGCCCUCUCCUUGCUGCCUUUACUACUCAAGGUCAGUCUGAGCUGACUCUGUUACUGAAGAUUCAGGAGUAUUGCUACGAUAACAUUCAUUUCAUGAAAGCCUUCCAGAAAAUAGUGGUGCUUUUUUACAAAGCUGAAGUCCUGAGUGAGGAGCCCAUUCUGAAGUGGUAUAAAGAUGCACAUGUUGCAAAGGGGAAAAGUGUCUUCCUUGAACAAAUGAAAAAGUUUGUGGAGUGGCUCAAAAAUGCUGAAGAAGAAUCUGAGUCUGAAGCUGAAGAAGGUGACUGAAUUUUGAAACUACACCCUCAGUAAAGCAAACAGGAGUUGUAGAUAAAAUGUCAUGUCUCAUGUGUCCUGGUUCUUACAUCUUCCUACCUCCCUAUAUCAAGCAUGAUAUAAGGGCUUUCAUAGCAAAUUUUAUUUUAACUGUUUCUAUGGUUACUGGAAAUGUUGGGUUUAGUUUCAAAAACCAUGUUGUAAGUAGCUACAGGAGCUAUAGAUUUGAAUCUAAUGUUGCAUUAGUCUUUUCAGUUAUCUUCUACCUCCUGUAUUUUCUACUGUAAUAAUGUAAUUUAAGGCCUUCCACAAUGAACAGUUCACUUUUUUCCUGGGUUUUCUAUAUAAAGUUUUCAAGAUAUGAUUUGGUUAAAAAUAAUUUGUUAUAAAAAUUCUGUUUGCAAAUUAAACUGUAAAAGUAUCCAAAGUCUCAAAAAGCAAUGAUUUGUGUGAUAAUUUGGUGUGCCCAAAGCCCUCCUCAUCCAGGAAAACCUCAUAUACAGCAGUUGAAUUCAUUGACAUGACUCUUGAGUAUUUGGGCCAUUGCUUCCAUGUUAAUAUUUUCUUAAUUUUUAACCCUUAUGUCUUGAGCUCAGUUUUUUGUUCUCUGGUUUCCAUUCCUUAGUGGAGCCGUGGAGAACAAGCUUGAAAGUGAGGUCUUUGGGAAAUUGUACUUGGCAGAGGUGGUGGGAAGAAGGAAGUUGAGCUUUUCCCAUUGAGAAAUUUCUGCAUUCCGUUGUAUCUUUCCAGGCAAAAUAGCUGGGUAUUCUUUUCAUACCAUUUUCAACUGUACCUUAGAAAAAUCUUGUCACUUAACAAAGUUAACACUUGUCAUAUACUUAGAUUGGUAGGAAAGGACUCAUGGAAUAGUGUGAGUAAAGGAAAUGCCUUUACCCUAGUUGCCUUUUAUUUUUAAUUGCCAUGAACCACCUAUCUCUUCUAUACAGUUUAUUCAUUUAUUUUAGUGGCUGCCUUUUAAUUUUCAUCUUUUCUUGCUGUCAUCCAUCUAUAUAUGUAUGUAGUCAGUAGAAAACAAAAUAUGACCACACUUUUUGGUGGAAAGAACUUUAUCUUACAUGUGAAGAUUUUGGAAGUUUUGAUUGUUGAAAGAAACUAGGUUGGAAUAAUGCCACCAGAGACUGGGUGGAAGUUGCCCCUUUCAGAGGUGCCAUUUUUUUGAGCCAAGAAUUUGGUGUUUAGCAGUUCAUCUGGAGGGAAUAAUGUGUAGUAUAAUUUGAAAUAAAGUUGUAUAGUAACCUUAAGGAGAGCAUUAUUACUGAUAUCAUUGUGAAUGGGGUGAAAUUGUUAAAUGAAUAACUUUGAUCAAGUUUUCAUGCACAGGCAAAAUGUAUUCACUAGGUUCCUACAUAGUGAUCUGCUUUUACUUUGUAAUUUGUAGUCCUCAAAAGACUUUUUUAAAAAAAAUAAAGUCCACCCUUAUACUUAGGUUAUGUAGGUCAGUCUUCUUUUUUUGUAAAUUCCUUGUUAAUGUCCAGUAGAAAAUGUAUGUUAUACAUUCAGGUGUCUCUACUAUGUAAGCAUUAAAUAAUUGCUCUUUUUGUCCUUGUAGCUCCCAAAUUGUAAACACCUACACAGAAUUCUGAUGUAGUGGAAACUACAUAACAUUUCUACAACUGAAUCAUUGCAUGUUACUGCUGUUCAAAGUGUACUCUGUUCUAUUAUAUACUGUGUAUAGUGAAAGAAUGUGUAGUCUUCCAGAACUACAUUAUGAUCUUUGUCUGAUCAUAGUUUUUUUCUUCAUAAUGACAAAGUAGUGUUUACUGACUACAAUAUUACAAUAAAUGAAUAUCACCUGUGACAGUAUAAAAGAAAGGAAAUGCUUUCUGAAAAGACUGCAGAUUUUCAUUUUGAAUUUUAAGUGGUAAUUUUGGGACUCAGCUGCCAAUGCCAAUUUAUGGCCUCAAAUAUGUAAUUCUUAAUAUAGAUGUUAAAAUUGUACUUGUAUGAUUGGAUAAAUGUUGACUUUCCUAACUUGGUGUCAGUUUCAAAGGAUAAGUCUCUUAGAUACCAUAAUUAAAUGUGUAUUUAGAGCUGGUCAUAGUUUCUUAAUCUUAAUUAUUCUGGAAUAUUGUCCUAGAGAUAUUUAUUAUGUUAUUAAGAAAACUCCAAAUACCAAAAAUACCACAGGAUAUUUUGACACAGCAUAAUGAUGGUUGUGAGAGGAAAUGCAUGUGACUGGGAGAUUGGCUUCUAAUUCAGUGUUUCUCCAAGCUCAUUAUCACCCUCCCCCAGGAAGCCUUUUUAGACUUUUCUAAUAGUACCCCAAUAAAUUUUACUAUAGAUAA